UUCCCCCAUUUUCUGUGGCACACCCAUCCCGUUGUUUCCCCCCUUCCUGCCGCAGCUACAACCCGGACCUGGACUCGGAUCCCUUCGGGGAGGACGGGAGCCUCUGGUCCUUCAACUACUUCUUCUACAACAAGAGGCUGAAGAGGAUCGUGUUCUUCACCUGCCGCUCCAUCAGUGGCUACGCCUACACCCGGCCGGACACCGGGAAUGAGCUGGACAUGGACCUGGGCGAGGGGGACACGGAGAAGGGCGACAGCGGGGACCACGAGGGAGGAGGCAUCGAGGGGGACAGGUUGCAGGUGAUGUGCAUGUGAGAUUCCAGCCCGGAUCCGAGAGGCCACCGUGGUGGUGGCACCAGGAACGGACCUGGGGACAGAACCAGUAAUAGGACUGAGCAUGGACUGGGAACCAAACCAGCAUCAGAACCGGGUCUGGGACCGGGACAGGAACCGGGAACGGAACCAGCACCGGAACCGGCUCUGGAACCAGCGAUGAACUGGGAAUGGAACCGGGAACGGGCCUGUUCCUGGCAGGAACAGAACUGGGAGCAGGGCAGGGAGUGG